UACAACUGUAGAGAAUGUGACAAAUCCUUUAACCAGCGUUCAAGCUUUAUUGAACAUCGGAAAAUUCAUACUCGAGAGAAAGCUUAUAGAUGUAGAGAGUGUGGUAAAGCCUUUACCUGCAACUCUACACUUACUGAACACUAGUGAAUUCAUACUGCAGAGAAGCCUUACAAAUGUAGAGAAUGUGGCAAAGCUCUUAAGCACAAUUCAAGCCUUUAUCGACAUAAGAGAAUUCAUACUGGAGAGAAACCUUAUAGAUGUAGAGAAUGUGGCAAAGCCUUUCACCGGCGUUCAAGCUUUAUUGAACAUCAGAGAAUUCAUACAGGAGAGAAGCCUUACAAAUGCAGAGAAUGUGGCAAAGCCUUUACUCGGCACUCAAGUGUUGCUGUACAUAUGAGAUUUCAUACUGGACAGAAGCCUUACAAAUGUAGAGAAUGUGGCAAAGCCUUUCAACAGUGUUCAGAACUGACUGUACAUAAGAGGACUCAUACUGUAAAGAAGCCUUAUAGAUGUGGAGAGUGUAGCAAAGCCUUUACCUGUAACUCUACUCUUACUAAACAUCAGAGAAUUCACACUGGUGAGGAACCUUACAGGUGUAAGGAGUGUGGUAAAGCCUUUAACUGGAAAUCAAUUCUUACUUCACAUCAGAGAACUCAUAUGGGGGACAACCUUUACAAAUGUAGAGAAUGUGACAAAACCUUUGGGCACCAUUCAAGCCUUACUCGACAUAAGAGAUUACAUACUGGUUACAAACUUACAGACACAAGGAAUGUGGUACAGCCUUUAAUCUGUAUUCAGUCCUUUACAUUAGAAAGUUCAUACCAGAGAGAAGCCUUAUAAAUGAAGACAAUGUGGCAAACAUUUUAAACAGUGCUCAAAAUC